AGGCUAUUUCCAAUAUUAAAAGCAACUGGGGGGGGGACGGGUAGCCGCAGUUGAAGCCUCCAACAUCCACACUGGAUAUAUACAUGUGUACAAACAAAUAAACAAAUGAAUAAACACAUAAAUAAUAAAUAUACAAACAAACAAGCAAACAGGCGGAGGAGGAGGAAGAAUGAAUGAAUGAAGGGCGAUAAAAACAGAACCAUGGCUCUCAUGAAAAUGACAAAUGGAUGGUUGGAUGGUUGGAUGGUUGGUUGGUUGGAUUGUACCUUUGGCGUUGCUCACUCGCUAUGCUCUCUUUUUUUUCGCUUCUCGGCCUUGGACUAUGAAAGAGAGGGAAAGUGAGAGGGUGCAUGAGUGCGUGAGUGAGUGAGUGGGGUGUUCAAAUAGAUUUUGGCUUCGUAGUCACGUCCCUCCAGAAUUGACCCGAUGAUCAGGAGGGAGAGACAGCCGGGGCAAUUGAGGCCAUUGGAGGCAGAGAAGGACAGGGUGCAUGAAUGGGACUGACGGGUUCCGGGAAAUGGAAAUGGAAAUGGGGGGGGGAUGCAUGUGUUAUGCACCCCAUGUAGCACAGUAUAUAGCUUCUUCCCCUCUGGCUGGUAUCUCUGGCGAUGAUGAUGGCGAUG